GCUCAUCAUCAUUUGUGCUUUGAACUUCUUAAGUGUAAAUUGCUCGUCCGCUUCUGCUCGAGAAAAUUUCGUGAUCAUCCGUAACUAAAUCCACAAAAAAAAUAAAAAUGAAAUUCUUCGUUCUGUUGGCCUUGGCCCUUUUGGGAGUUGCUGCGGGCGCCCAGCUGCCCGACUCCGCCACCCAGGGACCCAAUCCUCAAGAUAUUGCCACUCCUGAGCCAGAGUACAUCGACAUUGAGGAUCCGGCCCCAGUUGCUGCCGCUCCUGCUCCCCGCCCUGUGAUUGCCGCUCCUGCCCCCCGUCCUGUUGUUGCUCCUGUGGCCCGUCCCGUGAUCGCCGCUGCUCCCGCUCCAGUGUACCGUCAGGUGGCCCGCCCCGUUGCCGUCGCCCAGUCUUUCGUGCAGCAGCCCAUCCAGCAGCAGAUCGUGCAGCGCGCCCAGUACCUGUCGCCCGUGGCUCAGCAGGUGGUCCAGCCCCAGCUGGUGGGCCACACCUACAGCAGCAAGAGCGGCUACCAGUACCGCCGGCCAGUCUAUCAUUAACCUAUGUAUAUCCAAACCCAGCACACAUUACCUACGCACUGAACCCCACUAUCCAAAAAUCCAAAUAUCCAACUAUCCAAAUAUCGCAUCUAACAAUCCUAAUAAUCCUAGAACGAACGAGAAUCGACAAACAUGAACAAGAACAUAACAUUAUCAAAAGCAUAAAGAGCGAAGUACAAAGAGACAAAUGAUGUUCUAUAGACAAAGAUCGAAAAACCAAGUAUUCAGUUAUUGUUGAAUUGCCAGAUAAAGUACGAAAUAAAUAAACGUAAAUUAUUUGUAAAAAUGAUAAA